CAACGCAUCAUCUCUGCUAGUGUUACCUGUUAAACACCUAUGCCAGUUGAAUAUAUAGUUCUGAGAUGACAGUCGUAUUAUGACAUCAUUGCCAAAACUUCACUGUGAAACAGGCUUCUGAAGGACAUUGCAAAGUUCCAAAGAUGUAUUACAGCCGACCAACUCUUGUUUCGAACUGGCAGAAAAACAGAGAAGCAGAGCCCAAAGACUAUGAUUUCACAACAUGCCCAGAGGGCAAGAAAUAUCUCCACAAAUCCACAUAUAAACAUUUUGGGACAUGCAAAUAUGCGGACUGGAGCACCACGGCAAAAACCCAGAUGUCUCAGUAUCAGCUAAAGAGCGAGCAUGAGACCCACACCAAAGCCAUGAUGCCAGCAGUGCAGCACCACACUGCAAUGAUGGACAGCACAACUGGAUCAGUGGGAACACAGUGCAAUAUUGUCUUACCUCGACAUCCCCCUGGCCAUAACAAAAUGGACUUUGAGACCACGUACGCGCUGGAUUAUCCCCCCCCACACAAUCUCAAGCAAGAAGUGGUGGGGACGGAGGACGCAGAUGAGCCGCCGUCCGACUUCCGCAGGCGUCAGUCCGAGUUCACGGACCUGGCAGGCCACAAGCGGCGCGGCCGGAACACUUGGCAGGACGACGUCGGAGUGCAAGGAAGGGUCAGGGUGAGGAGCGAGCACCGGCAGCGCAUGCACGGCAACAGCCUCAUCUGCCCACACGGCGCUCAGUAAUACACGGAUGACCUCAGCCUCUUGUUGUUGUGUGUUAUUUUCCCUUCUCCGGCGGGUUUGCUGUGGUAAUGAAGCAAAGUCUCUCACAACAAAGCUUUGUUGUGAAUUCAUUAGACUUAAAGUGGAUUAAUUAAAUCAUUGAUCAAGCAAUAACAAACCAAGGAAAGCAAGCAUACUAAGUCCCUUGAGACUGGGAGACAAGUCUACUGUUUAUUAUUCAAUCCAACACGUCAAUGGCCAUGUGUUAUCAUGCUUAUGGGAACGGA